AUGUUCAACUAUGCCUAAUAUUUAGAGCCUUAUUUUUGUAUCACUAAUUCAACUGAUAUUUGUAAUCUUCAAUUCUUUUCUAAUAACGGCGAUUAAAGGAAAUCUUGUUAUUUCGCAAAAGAUUUCUGGGUAGAUCAAUUGCCAUUGUUAUUUCAUAGAAUUAAAGAGUUUGGAGUUUUAUUCAUCUCGUUUUAAUCUGUCAAACAUGGAAGAAAGUAACAUACUCUAAACUAUCCUAUUAUUUCCAAUCGGCAACUAAUCUAAUUGAUUAAACUAAUCCAUUAUAUUAUUUCAGGAAUAAUUUCAUGUCUUGGAAUUGCUUUCUUAAUACAUAUUGCCCAAAUACAAAUAGCGAAAUGGAGAGUUUCUAUUGUAAGAACCUAUUUUUUGUUUCAAAACUUGAAUCAAGCUCUGAUCGAUUAAGACAAUGAGAUCUAAAGAUUUUUGGAGGUCGAUGAAUUGUCACACAUGAAGUACUACUCUCUUAUGAAAUUAUAUAAAAAUGGUUAGUAAUCUCUCAAAUAAGAAUACAGAAAUAUCGAUCAUCGAUUAAAUAGAAAUUUUAGGAUAAACAAUUGGCUCUGGUUUUUAAAUAGAUGCUUUGGAACUAAUCUAUUUCAUUCCUUUCUAUGAAUUAUUUUUAAGCUAAGGUGCAAGAAGUCAUUGAUUUUCAUAAUGAUGUCCAAUACCUAGAACUUGCUUUUAGUAAUCGCUCAGUACAUUUCAUAUAAUCAUAUGCAAAUCCAUCUACUCAGUAGAUGAGAGAGUACACCUACGAAGAAUUACGAUCGGAAUCAAAAAAAACUUGA